AGUAGAACAGAGAACAGCCUGUUAAUCAUGUGGAAAAUCAACAAUCUCUUACUGGUUUUAGGCUUCUUGUCAUGGGUUUGUUCUUCUUCGGUUACAGCUUCAGUGUCCUACGAUGACAAGGCCUUUAUAAUUAAUGGGCAAAGGAAAAUUCUCUUCUCUGGCUCCAUCCAUUAUCCCAGAAGCACCCCUGAGAUGUGGCCUGACAUUAUACAGAAGGCUAAGGAUGGAGGAUUGGAUGUUGUUGACACAUACGUCUUCUGGAAUGGACAUGAGCCCUCUCCUGGACAGUACUACUUUGAGGGGAGGUUUGAUGUGGUCCGGUUCAUCAAACUGGUUCAACAGGCAGGCCUUUACGUUCAUCUCCGAAUUGGCCCCUAUAUUUGUGCCGAAUGGAACUUUGGGGGAUUUCCUGUUUGGCUCAAGUAUGUCCCUGGCAUUGCUUUUAGAACUGACAAUGAACCCUUCAAGGAUGCUAUGCAACAAUUUACGGUGAAAAUUGUUAAUAUGAUGAAGUCAGAAAAUCUGUUCGAAUCCCAGGGAGGUCCAAUUAUUAUGUCCCAGAUAGAGAAUGAAUAUGGCCCAAUAGAAUGGGAACUGGGUACCCCUGGUAAGGCUUAUAUGAAUUGGGCAGCUGGUUUGGCAGUCAGUCUUGGCACUGGUGUUCCUUGGAUUAUGUGCAAACAAGAAGAUGCUCCUGAACCCAUUAUAGAUACUUGCAAUGCUUUUUACUGCCAAGGCUUUCAACCAAAUAACAAGGACAACCCCAAAAUCUGGACUGAAGCUUGGACUAGCUGGUACAUGAAGUUUGGUGGGCCUGUCCCUCAUAGACCUGUGGAAGACCUGGCAUUUGCAGUUGUAAGGUUUAUACAGAAUAGUGGUUCAUUUGUCAACUAUUACAUGUACCAUGGAGGAACAAACUUUGGCAGGACAAGUCCAGGUCUAUUUAUUGCCACAAGUUAUGAUUAUGAUGCUCCAAUCGAUGAAUAUGGACUACUGAGGGAACCAAAAUGGGGACAUCUGAGAGAUUUGCAUAAAGCCAUCAAGUUGUGUGAACCAGCAUUGGUUUCUGCUUAUCCUACAGUGACUUGGCCUGGAAACAAUCUUGAGGUUCAUGUAUUUCAAUCCGAUUCAGCUUGUGCUGCAUUCCUUGCAAACUAUGACACAGAAUCUUCAGCAACAGUGACCUUCCAAAAUAUGAAUUAUGACCUGCCUCCUUGGUCUGUUAGUAUUCUCCCAGACUGCAAGACAGCUGUUUUCAACACUGCAAAGGUUAGCUCCCAAAGUUCAGUGACAAAAAUGGAAAAAGUUAGUAGUGAAGGAUUCUCUUGGCAGUCAUACAGUGAAGAACCUGUCUCUGCUGACGAUUCAGACACACUUGCAAUGGAUGGAUUGUGGGAGCAAAUAAACGUGACUAGAGAUACCUCUGACUAUCUGUGGUACCUCACAGAUGUGAACAUAGAUGCUGAUGAAGAAUUCUUGAAAACUGGACAGUAUCCUCUUCUAACAGUCAUGUCAGCAGGCCAUGCUUUGCAUGUUUUUAUCAACGGCAAACAUUUAGGAUUUGUGUACGGGGGACUGGACAAACCAAAGCUAACAUUUACUGACUAUGUGAAGUUAUCGGCGGGUGUUAACAAGAUAUCGCUACUCAGUGUCACUGUUGGCCUUCCGAAUGUUGGUCUGCAUUUGGAGACUUGGAAUGCUGGGGUUCUUGGCCCAGUCACUCUGAAGGGUCUCAAUGAGGGAACAAGAGACUUGACAAUGCAGAAGUGGUCUUACAAGGUUGGUGUGAAAGGUGAAGCUUUAAAUCUCCAUACGUCUGCCGGAAGCUCGUCUGUUGACUGGGUGGAAGGAUCAUUGUUGGCUCGAAAAAAACCCCUGACCUGGUACAAGACAACAUUUGAUGCACCGGCAGGCGAUGAACCGUUAGCUUUGGACAUGAAUAGCAUGGGAAAAGGUCUGGUUUGGAUAAAUGGUGAAAGCCUCGGACGCCACUGGCCAGCAUACAUAGCCCGUGGUAACUGUAGUGAUUGUAGCUAUAUCGGAACCUUCGAUCAGAACAAAUGCCAAAGUAAUUGUGGACAACCCACUCAAAGAUGGUGCGAAAAGUCCUAG